GAUUUUGACCACGCUUGUAGGUGGGAGGAGUAGCUCGUCAUUCAAACUACUUUUGUAAACAUUAUUGUCUUGAACGAUACUAAUUUAGGUGCUUUGACAUGUUUUGAGAGGUUUAUCUUACGCGUCGGAGUGACACAUUACAGUUUAAGCAACUGUAAGGUUUUAUUUUUUGUUUAUUUCUGAGAUACAAGUGGGGAGUUUUUGGAGCAGCCAUUUUCUUCAUCGAUACUUACAACGUCGCCGUGGAAGCUGGUUCACGUCUAACUUCGUUAUCAGGGUCUGUAAUUUACGAGUUUAAACUUAACUUGUGCGGACUUGUCACGGGGAUAUCAGUUAACAGGUAUACAUUUAUAGAGGAUAUUUUGCUCAGGUAACAUAUAUCGGGACGUUUCCCACGUGAAAUAAUUGGAAAUCCCUUCUCUGCUCUGCGUUCCGUUUGAACUGCACGAUCGAUAUUAGAUAUGUUUAUCUAAAAUACAGUCUCUGCCUGAUUUGCCAGCCGUUUGGGCUGAUUUUUUUUCUUUUUUUACACAACUGUGUACAUUUUAUCCUACUUUUACGGAACUUUUGCUGGCAAGAUGAGUUUCAGCGUACGGAGGCACGGCAAGUCUCCCACUCUUAAACCUGUUCGCCAAAAGCUACAGUUUGCCGCUAGCGAUGGCGAAGAGGACAGCAUAGAAGACGCGAACAACAGCACCGGAGCCGAAUCUGGCUUUACGGAGCUAGAUUCUCCCGUCUCCGUGCGGCGCAGCAGCGUGGACAAGAGACCGGAGGACCUGGGCAGCAGCCCCCUUAGCCGAACCAGAGAAGACGACGAGUCAUGGGACGAAGAAGGAUUCGGCUCACCAUCUCGCUUAAAACCAACUUUUUACAUGAGAGGCUCCCCAUCGCCACGGAAAGGUCCCCAGUCCUACGACAGUUCACCCGAGAGGGGAUAUAUUCACGAUGACAUGGACGGAUCGAGCUCCCCUGUCCCGGACUGUCCUGAUACACCACCCCACAAAACUUUCCGAAAACUCCGUCUGUUUGAUACCCCUCAUACCCCAAAGAGCUUAUUGUCGAAAGCCAGGACGAUGGCAUCCACGAACAGGAGAGUCGCCCUGUUCAAGAAUGUGGAUUCCACCAGUAAAGCCUGUCUGGACAGUAGACGAAACCAGACACCUCUAGUAAACAUCAACCCCUUCACCCCGGACUCCAUCCUCGUGCAGUCAUCAACACUACAAAGAAACAACAGGAAACGAUCACACUGGAAUGACUCUUGUGGUGAGGACAUGGAAGCAAGUGAUGCAGAGAUUGAGGACGAGCUCAUUCCGCCAUCAAAGAGGAUCACGAUGAUGGAGAAUAACAUGAUGUCCAGAUAUGCAUCCGAGUUCCAUGAGCUGGAGAAGAUUGGCUCUGGAGAGUUUGGGUCUGUUUUCAAAUGUGUCAAGAGGUUGGACGGCUGUAUUUACGCAAUCAAACGUUCCAAAAAGCCGCUGGCAGGCUCUGUGGAUGAGCAGAAUGCACUUCGUGAGGUAUACGCACAUGCAGUUCUUGGACAGCACCCCCAUGUCGUGAGGUAUUAUUCUGCUUGGGCAGAAGAUGACCACAUGCUGAUUCAGAAUGAGUACUGUAAUGGUGGAACCCUGUCUGAUGUCAUCGCCGAGAACAAUAGACGCAUGCACAUCCUGUCCGAGAUUGAGCUGAAGGAUCUGCUGCUUCAAGUCUCUCGUGGACUUAAGUACAUUCACUCUACAGCACUUGUUCACAUGGAUAUCAAGCCAAGCAAUAUAUUCAUUUCACGCAAACCUGCUGCUAGUUUAGAGGAACUUGAAGAUGAAGAAGAUGGACCCACCACAAGUGUGGUGUACAAAAUAGGUGACCUAGGUCAUGUUACAAGAGUUACCAAUCCCCAAGUUGAAGAAGGUGACAGUAGAUACCUGGCAAAUGAAGUGCUUCAGGAGGACUACAGUAACCUGAAAAAGGCAGAUAUAUUUGCUCUAGCCCUGACAGUGAUCAGUGCCUCUGGAGCAGAGCCCCUUCCCUCUAAUGGGGAAAAGUGGCACAAAAUCCGACAGGGUAUCCUGCCCCAUAUCCCACAAGUACUCUCUCAAGAAUUUCUAAGCUUGUUAAAGCUUAUGAUCCAUCCUGAUCCAACUCGACGACCCUCAACGUCUGACCUUGUGAGGCAUCCUGUUCUGCUGACUGCUUCCAGAAUGCGUGCUGACCAGCUGCGUGUUGAGCUCAAUGCUGAGAGGUUCAAGAAUGCACUUCUGCAAAAGGAGCUAAAGAAAGCUCAGAUGGCAAAGGUUGCAGCAGAGGAGAGGGUUCUGACCACAGACCGAGUUCUUACACGUUCUACAGUCCAAUCCAGCUCCAGAACGUCUCGGCUCAUCGGAAAAAAGAUGAACCGCUCCCUUAGCCUCACCAUUUACUAACUGAACUCCAGAUAAAAGACUGCAUGCGUGACCAGAAAGGAUAACCAAGUUUGUCCUGUGACUUAUAGUGCUUAUACUGUUGGUACAAGUACCAUGGGGUGAACUGAAGGUUGCAUUAGUUUGUAUUGGCGAUAAAUUUGCCUCUGUGUACAUAAUGCAGAUUUGCCUUACCAAUUAGGUUUGCCCUUUCAAAAUGUAGAGACAUUUGCCUUAUGAUUGACGCAUUUUGAACAUAGUUCCAACUUCCUAAUCUUUGCUUUAGUUUCUGUUGGAAAGGGUCAACAUGGUCUCCCUGCACUUGCUUCUGAAGAUGCAGGCUUUACCAAAUGGGAGAUAUGUGUCCCAGAUGCAGCCCUGAUAUGUGAAUGUACCCGAUCAAAGAUUUGUGCACCUUACUGCCUGUGAAAUGCCUGUUGGGCUGUGGAUGUUGGGGCCUGAGUUAGAUUGCCAUUAAAAUGAGCACUUUGGAGGCAAUGGCAACCUUGCCACAGAAAGCCCGCUGCUAUUAAUGUUCGUAUGUAUCCAGUUAGGUUUGUAAGAUUUUUGCCUUUUUUAAAUGCCCAAAAUCAUUUUCUACCAUCCAAACAAGCUAAAUUUUGUGUCAUUUGCAAAUCUCAGCCUCUCAUUUCUUGCUUUGUUCAACCCUGACAGUUAUUUAAUUUCACCAUGUUACAAAUGCAUGUGAAACUGGAAGAUGGCUUCUAUGUACAUGUCAUAAAUCUCCAACCCUCUUUGUAGCAUUAAACAAUCCUUAUCCUGUUCAUUGGAUGUCUUUAGUUAAUAAUGUAUAAUUUUUGAUUUAUGUUACUUCUCCAUUAGCAAAGGUACUGUCAGUUUCUGGUCCCGUUAAUCCACGAAACCUUCAUUUUGUCUGUAAAUAUGUUCUUUUAAUAAAAUUUU